AUGAUUGACGCCACCUGCAAUUAUUUGAAUCCCUAUACACUGUCUCAGCCAACACAGCAGCAGCAGCAGCAACAACAACAACAACAACAGCAGCAACAGCAACAGGAGCAACAGCAACCAAGUCAUGAUUUCAUUAGCGCCACAUUGCUGUCCGCCUCGACGUCCACCUCCGCCUCCAACUGUGACUCCAAUGCCUCCUCUCCGCUGGCAUUUUACGGCAAGCAGGGAAAUGCAUCGCCGACAGUUUCCGCAACCGCAUCAUCGCAUCAGGUGGUGCCGCCAAUGAAAUUGGAAAUGCAAUAUCCGCCGCAGGCAUCAUCCACGGGCAGUGCAUCGCCCAACUCCAGCCUAUCACAAUCGGCAGCUUCCUCGGCAUCGGUGUCGCCCAGCAUUUUCCCAUCUCCGGCGCAGUCCUUUGCAUCGAUAUCCACUAGUCCGCCAGCCGCACCCGGCAGUGGCUCCUCCUCGGCCGCCGCUGCAGCCGUCGCAGCAGCCGCAGCCGCCGAUUUGGGCGCCGCGGCCGUGGCUAGCGCCUACAGCUGGAAUACGGCUGCAUACACCGCGCUGCCAACAAGAACUCAAUUUCCGUACGCGCAGUAUGCAACGUAUGGAAAUGUGGCAUCAGUUGGUGUUGCAGCGUCGGCAUCGGCCGCGUGGUUUUCGCACCAGGAGCGGCUGUACCAGCCGUGGUCCUCACAGAGCUAUCCGAGCUUCAAUUUCGACGACAUCGCCUUCCAGACACAGCUCCAGCGUCGCUCCGUUCGUUGCACCUGCCCCAACUGCACCAACGAGAUGAGCGGCUUGCCCCCGAUCGUCGGUCCCGACGAGCGCGGACGCAAGCAGCACAUUUGCCAUAUACCCGGCUGUGAGCGCCUCUAUGGCAAGGCCUCGCACCUGAAGACCCACCUGCGCUGGCACACGGGCGAGCGUCCGUUCCUCUGCCUGACGUGCGGCAAGCGCUUCUCGCGCUCCGACGAGCUGCAGCGCCAUGGCCGCACUCACACCAACUAUCGGCCAUACGCCUGCCCCAUUUGCUCCAAGAAGUUCUCGCGCAGCGACCACCUCAGCAAGCACAAGAAGACCCACUUCAAGGAUAAGAAAACGAAAAAGGCUCUGACCGCCGAGGCCAAGGAGCAGGCGGCGGCGGCCAUCAAGCAGGAGAAGUCCGAGAAGGCUCUGAACAGCAGCAAGAAGCCGCUGAAGAGCACAGCGGCUGCCACAGCGACAAUGCUCGGCAGCAGUAUGCAGUUCAAGCAGGAGCAGCCGGAGCCAACCAACGGCUUGGGCUAUGCCCCCUACGCGAAUCUCAAUCAGCAAUCGGCGGCCGCAGCAGCAGCAGCGGCGGCUGCUGCCGUUGCAGCCACCAAUCUGCCCCCACCGCCGCCACUCUUCCAGCAGAGCGAUCCCAAUAGCAGCAGCAGCGCCAGCAGCUACGAGCCCUGGUGCACGGCCAAUGCCAAUGCCAGCGGCAGCGGCAGCGCCAGCGCCAGCAACAGCAAUAAUCGUGCCAUGGAACAGAACCAAACUACCUCAGCGAAUGCCAGACCCACAUCGGGUAGUGCACCAACUAUUUCCAGCAGCAGCAGCAGCAGCAACAGCAGCCACACGCAGCACUAUGCGGCGCUGGCCAUGCAGAGCGAGUCGCAGCUGGCCUCGGAAUACGGCUUGACCAUGUCCGGCCUGGCGAGCGGUGCCAGCGAUAGCAGCACCAGCAGCUGCAAUAACCUGAACGGCGGAUACUCCGGCCUGGUUGGUCCCAUGAAGUCCGAUUACGUCGGCAAUUAUCCGGCCGAGUUUGCCAGCGGCUCCGGCUAUGGCUAUGCGCAUCAUCAUGUCGCCCAUGCCCAUGCCCAUGCACACGCCCACGCCCAUGCCCACGCCCACGCCCACAAUCACCAUCAUCAUUACCACAAUGCGUGGACCGCCGCCUAUCAUCCGCAUGCCACCGCCUAGACAUGAGGACAUCGUUGCG